AUGAGCAACACCACCCCCACAAAACACGACAACAUCCAGCGCUGCAUCCAGGCGGCCUACGAAGGAGAUCUGGACACCGUCAAGUCCCUCACCGGAUAUCGUUGCAUCCGCACACUCGAACGAGCCAUCGAGGGCGGUCAUCUGCCAGUCAUCGAGUUCAUACUCUCGGAGGGAAGCGCGAUCCAACGCAGCUCGUGCCGCGAUGCCAUCGCGGCAGGCCACUUUGAAGUGCUCAAGUUUCUUCGUUCGCGUGGCGCCAAGUUGGAUCACGGCGUCGUCUACAUGGCCGCCCAGGUCGGUCGAAUCGACAUGCUGCAUGCGCGUAUUCGGCAGCGGCUGAAGGCGGACAUUCGGACAUUCGGACAUUCGGACGCGGCAGCACAGACGGGUGGUCUGGAGCUGGGCGUUUCAUGUACAACUUUUUACACCAAAACGUGUUUUACAAGGCGUUGGUUUUGA